UCCGAUAAUCAAAACAAACCACCGACAAUAGCAACAAUCUGUUAACAUAUUUGUUUUUGCUAAACUUAUUAAUUAAAAAACCAUGAAUUUAAAAUAUAAGCGGCGGUAUGAGAGUUUAAAGCGUUCCGUUAAGAGUUAUCUGCUGGAAAACGCUUCCCUCGCCGAUGAGAUUUGUCGCCUCCAGGCAGAGUUAUCAGUUACAAGAUCUCAAAGGCUGUACUUGAUAGAGCGCCUUAUGUUUCAUGAGGGCCUGGAAAAAUCUAACAAUGGACGUCCUGGUGUUUCAAAUGGAAAGAUAGAACCAUCAGACAAUCAGGGAGGAUUGAAGAAAAGCAAGCCGGUGGUUUUGCAUAAAAAACCAACAGAUGUAAAACCCAAAAAUGUCACAAUUGUGCCAAAAAAGAAACCCAUGUUUCCGAUGAACCUGAAUAAUGUAUUGUUGCACUCUCUGGGCGAGAUAAUAUCAGUGAAUCCAAAUUUCCACAACGAGAGUUGGAUAUAUCCAGUUGGAUACGUGGCCACCAGGAUUUAUGCUCAUCCCAAGGAUCCGCGUAAAAAGUGUGUCUUCACUUGUAAAAUACUAAAUAACGCAGGAAUUCCCCAGUUUCAAAUAAUCCCCGAUAAUGAUUUGGAUGGGGUAUUCUUCGGAGAAAGCGCCAACACUUGCCACAUGGAACUUCUAAACUCUAUUCAGAGAUCACCCAAUGUUAAAGUAAAAAUACCCUUUGACGUGCAAGGAGAGGUUUUCUUUGGCUUGUCGAACCAAAAAACACAAUCGCUUCUUAUGAUGGAUCCUGGUUUUAAUCAGUGCACAAACUUCAAGGGCUUCGCUACUCAGAAUAUUCAAUCCCUGAAUAGCGCGUCAUUAUCCUAUGAGACUCUGCAAGGAUUCUUAUCAUGAUAAUUAUUUUAUGGUCUCUAUUUUUAUUUAGAUAUAACAAUUAAUAAUAAAAAAAAAGUUUGACAGAA